CGACAGUCCCACAUGGGGCUCCAAAGAUAGGGUUGGAGUGUAGCUUGGCUUUGUUCGCGAUUCCAUUCAUUGCUUGGCCUCGGUUAUCGGGCGUCUAACAGUGGCAAUGGAUGUUCGGCCAAGGCCCUCCUGACAUCUUCAGGUUUCAAGCCGGGUCGAGGAGAGCCUUCUGUGGGCAAAGCUGGAGAUACGAAGUAACAGAGUGCAGCAACCAAUAAGCAGGGGAAGUUGAGGCCGUUCCUUCUGAAUUCCUUCUGACUUAACCUGUAGCUUGCCCACUCUUCUUAUUCUCUUCCACUUGCUUGUCUGUUCUAAUUCAUCUUUUUGUGCGUGUGUGCGGCUGGUCUGCUGUUUAUCUUUUCUUCUCCCGCCGGUCGUCCCCUUUUUUCCACGCUACUUACUCAUCCAUCUUCAUAACCCCAAAACGUAUGACUUCUCUGUAGAACCGUAUCUUUCAUCUUCCAGAAUUCUCCAGGCGGGCAAUCAUGCCGACUCUCGAUGUCAGCGAACUUAAUAUUGUCGUCGCCGUUCUGGGUGCCUUCAUUGUUAGCUAUGGCUUCUUUUCUGUCAAAAUCAAACAAGUCUGGUACUUAGGUGAAGCUCUGCCCGCCGUUCUCAUCGGCAUCAUCCUGGGCCCGAUAGCUGCCAGAUUCCUCGAUGCAGAGAAAUGGGGUUCUGCUGCAGAGGGCCAGCAAGAAGCCAUCACACUGGGCAUGUGCCGCGUCGUCAUCGGUGUCCAGCUUGUCAUUGCCGGCUUCCAGCUUCCCGCCAAGUACCAACAAACCCGAUGGAAAGAGAUGGUGAUAUGCCUUCUCCCAGUCAUGGCAACCAUGUGGAUAUGCACAAGUUUGUGCAUUUUGAUCACCGUCCCUAAGAUAUCCUUCUUGGCUGCGCUGGUCAUCGGAUCCUGUGUCACUUGUACCGAUCCCAUCUUGUCUCAAGCCGUGGCCAAAGGUCCCUUUGCCGACAAAUUCGUUCCUCGUGCGCUUCGAGAAAUCAUCUCGUCAGAAGCAGGUUGCAAUGACGGGUUCGGGUUUCCGUUUCUUCUAUUGGCCACUUACCUGAUUCGCCAUGCUGACCUCGAGGGCGUCGAUUUCAAGGAAGGCAUUGCCUCGGGCGCAAGCGAGAUUGCCCACCGCGCAGUUAACAUGCUCACCAGGCGCAGCGAAGCUGGCGUUGGCCGUCUAGGUGGAGGUAUACCUAUGGCCAUGGAGCAAUGGAUUGUAGAAGGAUGGCUGUACAUAAUCGCCUUGGCUGUCGCCAUUGGAGUGAUUGUCGGGGCUGCCAGCAUGUUUGCCAUCCGAUUCAGUCUCCGUAGGAAGUGGAUAGACACCGAGAGUCUCUUGCUUUGGCCUAUGGCAGUCGGUCUGUUCCUCAUUGGUAUCUGCGGUGCGCUUGGCACGGACGACCUCCUUGCUUGCUUUGUCGCCGGUAACGUCAUGAACUGGAAUGGCCUCUACCUCGAGGAGACCGAGAAACGCCAUGACGAAGUCAACAGCUGCUUCGACGUCGUCCUCAACUUUGGCGGUUUUAUGUAUAUUGGUACAAUCAUCCCCUGGAGAGAGUUCCAGCUUCCAGAUGUCACUGGUAUUACUGUUGGAAGGCUCAUGAUUCUCGGAUUUCUGGUCCUUGCUUUCCGUCGUAUUCCUGCCAUAUUCAUGGUUUACAAGGUUAUGCCCGGAGUUAUCAAGGACUGGAAGGAGGCGCUGUUCAUGGGAUAUUUUGGGCCCAUUGGUAUUGGAGCCGUCUUCUACGUCGAGCACACACGUCAUCUGUUCCCCAAGCCUGGAGAGGCUGAGACAGAAGAGGAAGAGAACCUCCUGGCCGCCAUGAUCCCCAUCGUCUACUUCCUCGUCAUCUUCUCCAUUGUGGUCCACGGUCUAUCCAUCCCAGCCCUUGAUGCAUUCUACCGCUACAAGAAAAUCCCACCGAUUUCUGAAGCUGAACCAGCUGAGGUUCGCGCUCUCUCAGUCCAUGAAGCGCUGCCGAACAAUGCCAGCAUAAGCACAAAACGCAACUCUAUCUACGUACACAACCGCUUCUCCAGGCCUGUUUCUACAGGUCCUGGCCCAGAAUUGUACAGGUGGAAUAGUCAGGCAAGGGACAGCGAUGUCACGUACAGGGCUUCUUCACAACCACAAGGCGAGAACUAUGCUCAGAAGCUGCAAAACAUUCGAUUUGCAGAAGACUAUGCCCAUGAGAAAGCCAACAUGGGUUAAGGAUAUGGUGCUAGACUGACAAAGAGGGUUGGAGGGGGAGAUACGAGGGGAUGUUGGGUCAUCCCGGUGUUCUAGCAGCUGCUUCCACGGCGAUUAUCUACCAUCAUUAUUACGCGACAUGCCACUCAUUAAGUAUUCUAUCGUUAAAUAGACAGACACAUAAAUGCACAGUUGUAGAAGUAUACAG